AUGUUCCCUCGUAGCAUCGCUCGCUCGCUGUGGUCGCCCUCAACGCGGCGUGUGGCCCCCGUGGCGGUGGUGGCGCGUGGCGGCUUCCCUGUCAUCACCCGACUCGUCGGUGUGAGGUGUAACUCGACCGACACAAAGGAUGAGAAGAAGGGCGAGGGAAAGGAUGCGGAGACCAACAAAGACGCCAGAAAAGAACUUCCAAAGGAGCCGCCCAAGGACCCCAAGGCUGCCGAAAAGGAAAAGAAUCUCAAGAGGAUCGCCGAGCUCGAAGCCAAAAUCGCAGACUUGACGAAAGAAAUGCAAUACAUGCGUGCCGAUUACCAGACGGCCGUCCGUCGCAUCCAAGAAGGCAAGGCCAAAGCAGGCGACACUGCCAUUGCGGGAUUCGCGCGCGACCUGCUCUCCACCGUGGACGUGUUCAGCAAGGCACUCGCCGACGUCCCUCAGCCCAUUGACCCGGCUACUCCCCUGGCCAACUUUUACGCCGGAAUCGAGCUCACGAAUAAGGCCCUCGUCCAGACGCUGGAGCACUACGAGGUCCACCCGAUGCGCGACGUACUGGGCAGCACGUUUAACCCCAAGAGACACGAAGCGACGGCCCAGGUGGCCCCGGCCGACGCGCCCAAGCGGGCCGACGGGGGCGAACCUGUGCCCGGGGAGAUUGUAGAGGUCUCGAGUGAUGGGUGGAUGAUUAGGAAGACGGUGUUGCGGCCCGCUCAGGUCGUUGUGGUGCAGAUGGAUGGGUGA